CAACCUCUCUCUUGUCCACCGUCCACGCCGUCACGUACCGCACACACACAAACCGCCAAGAUGAGUGCCCAGCAGAUCUCCAUCGACAACGCCGACCUCGAGAAGCUCAGCGACAACGAUCGCAACGAGCUGCGCCAGUUCCUCGCCAACGAGCAGCAGCGCUCGCAGAUCCAGGCCCAAACCCACAGUCUGACCCAGAUGUGCUGGAACAAGUGCGUCCAGGGCAGCAUCAAGAACAACAAGCUGGACAAGGGCGAGGAGACGUGCCUUGCCAACUGCGUCGAGCGAUUCCUCGAUGUCAACUACCUCACGAUGAAGCACCUGAACGGCAUGCGCAACUAA